AUGGCUGGAUCUGACGACAUUUCGACAGCUCGGCCAUCUCCUCUAGCCUGUGACUCCUGCAGACAAAAGCAUCUAAAAUGCGACGCUGCAAAACCUAUUUGCACGCGCUGUGUCACUGCAGGUCUGCCAUGCAACUAUACGCCGUCAAGGCGUGGAUACCGAGGAACCAAACGGACCCGUGAUUGUAAUGACAGCCAGCCACCUACCACUGCCGAAUACGUUCCUGUGUAUUUCAAUCAAGGCACGAGCGCAUCCACGUUACCUAGCCAAGAAUCUGUCUGGACCUCGCCUUCGGUCCCCAGUCUAGCGGGCUCGAGCGUUCAUGAGGGCUCGAGUAGUGGAUUCACCAACACGUACGGUAUGACACCUGCGUUAUCGCCAGAUCAGCAACACCUAGUUUCCUCCUAUCAACACUCUCCAAUCAGCGAGGCCAUAGACGAUGAUGAACUGGUUAACUUAUUCUACUCCAACUUCUUUUCCGCUCACCCUAUUCUGGUUCCAGCAUGCUUCUAUCACGCUCACCCAUACCCUGAGUAUCUGAGACAAGUGGUUCGGUUCAUCGGGAGUCACUACUCACCAUCAGUAUCGAGUGACAUCCUUCGGACGAGCAUAGAUCUCACUGGGUCUGUAGGCGUGAUCGACAGACUCCCAUCCAUGGUACAAGCACGGCUAUUAUUUGCAAUCGCUUUGCAUGCUCGUGGUGAAGCGAUGGACGCUGCAUGUAUGAUGCAGUCAGCCGUAGAGCUAGCCAUCGAACUCAAAAUGAACCUGAGGAACUUUGCAACUGCGAAUGGCAGCGGCAGCCCCAUUCUAGAGGAGAGUCUCAGAAGAACGUGGUGGGAGCUCUAUGUGAUGGAUGGCUACAUGGCUGCUCUUCACAAACAGCCUUCGUUCAGGAGCAACACUGUUUGUUCGGAUGUUUUGCUGCCGUGCGAGGAGUCAGUAUAUGCGCGUGCAGGUUACUUGCCCCAGCCAUAUUCUCUCGAACAAUUCGACAUGCGACUAUUUGCAGAUGAGGACAUACAAUUUUCCUCAUUCACAUACCGAAUCGAAGCUGCUCGGAUACUUGCCAGAGUGUUGUCAGUCGCAGGCUCUCACAACGAAGACCAGGUCCAGGUGGUCGACAACGCUUUGGCUGGUUGGAUGCACAAUUUGCCGCAGGCCAAAGCAGAUGUCGUCAACGUUUAUAACAUGGUGGACGAGGUGCUUUUCCAAGCACACAUGAUCAUCCACUGCGCUACGAUUUACCUUCAUCUUCCACGUAGUGAUCUGCUCAACACCCUACCGGUCACGGCAAAUUUGGUAUGCGCAGAAAGGGGUAGGCACAUGUCUCCUGCGUCUACACAACACUCUCACUCCGUCAAGGCAACCAACGCAUCCAAAGAGCUUGCAAACUUGGCAGCCGUCCGGGUGCCCGUACAGAAACAUACUCCCUUCUUUGUAUGCGGACUUGUUCUUGGUGCGAUUGUCCAACUAUCUGCCUGCAGUGCCAAUGCAGGCACUGAGCAGCAUCGCGACAGAGUCACCUUGAUCAUCGGACUACUCAAGUCUUUGAGCCGAAACUGGGCCAUCUCCGGCCAUGUGCUUCAACAAGUCAAGAAGGUGGCUUCAGAAGUGCUGCGUACAAGCAUUCUCGCAUCACCAGACGUCGGUCAACAUCAAAACAAAACAAAUUACGACAGUGGCAUAAGUAUGCAAAACAGUCCUGAUAACACCUCAUGGCUGUCCAUGCUGAACAUGGUCGAAAAUCAAGAAUUCCACGGUCUCAUGCAGACGGCACCGAUCUUUCCUGGCUCGAUCUAG